GUCAGAAGGGUGCGAAAGGCUUUUCGAUAACGCUACACGCAACCGAAAGCGAUAGCACACAUACACACACACACUCGUUGGCGCGCUAGACCUAACGUCAAUCGUUUGGGGAGCCAGUUACCGCAAAAGAGAGUUUGCGCGAUGGACGCCCUCGAUGGUGUGCCACGAUCCGUGCUCGGCUACCCGGUCAAGACGCGCACCCAAAUAGUGGCCACCUUCCUGGUGCCGGUGAUCUUCGAGCUGAUGCUGUACAUUGUGCUGACGACGGCGGACAUACUGAUCACGGUGGAGCACUUCCGCAACGGCGCUCCGACGUGGGCAUGGUUCACGCUCACCCUUAUCUGGCUCCCGGCCGUGGUGUGCUUCUGCUCCAUCGUAUCCACCCCGGAACGGUGGCCGGAACGCAUUGGGUGUGACGAACGUACGGGUCGCUUCCUGUUCAACCAGAUCGCGAUACUUGUGUUCUUUCCGCUCGCCGCUCUCUACCGUUUCAGCCGACGCAUUUUCUGGAGCGUCGAAGCCCUGUUCCACGACAAGGGCUCCUACGGCCGUGCGCAAGCCGUCGCCAAGAUAACGGAAACGUCUCCCUGCGAGCUGUACCACUUUCUGCAGGCGUUCCUGCAGGCCGCCCCCCAGAUGAUGCUGCAGCUGUACAUCCUGCUGCGGGACGGCACGUUCCGCAACUACGACACGGUCACGGUGCAGGUGAUCAGCGUCGUCUGCUCCUUCCUCACGAUGGCCACCAUCAUUACCGGCUAUCAGCGCUUCGAAAGCCAGAAGAUCGUUGGCCGCUGCUAUCCGUGGAGCACGCCCGAGCAGGCAACGCAACGCCGCAAGCAGCUGCUACGAUCGACGAGCACGGCCGUGUCGGCGCUUGCCACACCGUCUAUAGCGCCGGAAGCGGAUCCCAUCGUGCCGAACAUUAUGCGCAACUUCUACUCGCGCUACGGCAGCGAAGGGGAGCGUGAAUCGACGGCAAAUGAGCGCGUGGCGGUGCCGACCGCCGGGCAAAGUCCCCGGAAAACGCUCAACGUCGGUGCGUUCAACUUCGAUCGGCAGCAGUCGAAAGCGCACCAGGAUCCGUACGUCAACUUCACGGACGAUGAUAAGCUGCAGGAGUUUAGCGGGCCGCCGGACACGGUGGAUCGCGGUGGCUCAAAGGCUCGACCAACGGGGCGUAGCGUUAGCUUCAAGCUGCGGGACACGGUCGAGGAGCUGCAAGCGAUGGACCAUUAUCUGCGCAGCGCGGACGACGUCCCCGGGUACGCUACCGACGACAGUGACGACGAGUACCUCAAGCCGGACGGGUUCGAUGCGGUACCGAAGCGGCCGGCCCCACCAACACCGGAAGCGGCGGCCGGUAUGUUUCACCGCGUGUCCGUCUUCCGCCACAUGCUGCUCUUCAAUGCGGAAGCGUUCAUAAAGGAGAAGGUGCCCCGCCUGCCCGAGGGCAUGUUUGACCAUGCGAAUCCCAGGGAGGGAAGCCGGAAGGCCCAAGGGACGGACGAUCAGACGGAUGGAGAUGCAGUAUCGCUACCCUCCCGGCGCCAAACGAUCGUGGGGCUCGAGCAGGACGACGUGGUAGGCAAGGCGGUACUGUUUCUCGGCUGGGUAAUGUUUCUGCUGAUGCGCAUGCUGGCGCUGUCCACGUUCUACGUGUUUUUCCCACUGUACUUCUGGAUGCUGGUGGCCAACCACUAUCUGCUGAUGAUCGCCUGCAUCGUGUACGAGGUGCGGCUGCACGAAAAGCUCGAGCGCUACUUCUUCUACCUGUUUCUCGCCUACAUGUACGUGUUUUCGCUGCUCGAGUUUAAGAUACGGUUCGUGCACGUGCGCUGGUGGUACGUCGGGUACAUUGCGCUGGUGCUGGCCGAAAAUGUGGCCUCGCUGGUGCUGUGGUACAACUUGGGUGCGUUCGAGUCCUGGUGGUUUUACUUCCUGCACCACACGAUCGUGGCGAGCGGAUCGUUGAGCGUGCUGUGCUUCCUGUUCUAUUACGCGUUUCUGCGCCCCAAGGAUAAGGUUUUGUUCGUCAAUGAGGACUAGUGGUGGGGUCUGUUGAGUGUGCGUCCCAAAGGUUGCUCUCUAGGGUAAGCCAGUUUGUGUGUGUGUGUGUGUGAUUUUAGGUCAAUAGAGAUAUUUAUUUAAACCGAUGUAUUAACUUUGCGAUCUAUUACAACUAUUUCCUAGUGCUUUAAUUUUUGUAACCCAUUUUGUUUACUAACGUAAGACGCCCAGCAAUAAACAAUUGUGCAGCAACGGUAGUAGAAAGUUAUCGCCACCGAUAAGUGACAGUGAUAAUAGCUUUCAGCGGUAUCCUAAAUG